CUAUUCUGAUAUUUCUAUGGUGCAGCGCGAAAAUCAGUUCUAAAAUGUUUUCUCGCAAACUUUAUAUUCGGGUGAGACGAGUAUUUGAAAUACUCGAGAAAUUCUCAAAAACUCAUGAGCGUAUUGUUUUUUGAUUGAAUUGAUCAUUUUAUGAUACUAUUAUUUAUAAUAAUGUGGUCAAUUUUUUUAUAUUAAAGUACCCAAUCUGAUCUGAAAUACGCUCAGAGUUGCGUGUUUGUACGAACGCACAGUACGAAAGAGAUACCCAUUGGAUUUGAUAAAUUUUAUAGUACAUAAUCUUUAUAAUUUUUUAAUAUAUUUUGUAUAUGCUUAUACAGCAAGCCGUGUACUCUGUCGGACGCAAAAAGGAUCGUAGCGUCGAAAGUCAGUCGCGAGAAAACAAGUUGUAAAACUGAGGAGAACUGGGAGCUUGAAACUAUUGAACUUCAAAUUAUUAUGAAAAUAUCAUAAUGGAGAACAGCGUAACAAACGAAGAAUAUGAAAUUCAAGGAACUAGUACAAUAACUAAGAAAGAAGAAACUUCUGUAGCAUCCCAGGGAAUACAAAUCUGUUCUGAUGGAAAAGUAUCAAUAGAUUCCAAGAAUACUCAAGUCCGUGUUGUAAGGGGUACUAAGAAAGUAAAACUAGAUGUUACUGACAAUAAUAAUUAUGAAAAGAAAGAUUCUAAAGAUGAAGAAACUAAUACAGAAACAAAAGUAAAAUCUCUCAAAAGAUCUUGCGAGUUAUGGUCUAUGGAAGAUAAGAAUACCUUUUUCAAGGCCUUGAAUGAGUAUGGAAAAGAUUUUGAUGCUUUACAAAGCUAUUUCUUAUGUCAAGGGAAAAAGAAAGGCCUUCCAGAUGUUAUGAUAAAGAACAAGGAACAAAUACGGCAUUUUUAUUAUAGAACAUGGCUAAAGAUUUCUAAACAUUUAAAAUUUUCAGAAGAUGUAAAGAAGACUUCUCAAGAGUUAUAUGGUUUGAUAAAUUAUGGUGAACUCAGAAGAAAGUUACCUAGAAUACAUGAAAAAAUACAUUUAAAAUUAAAUGAAUUAGUAUAUUGGGGAUCAACACAAGUUAGACUAAGAGGAAAAACUAUGCGAAUUAAGACACCUAUCUGUAGAGCACUGAGAAAAUUAAAUCAGUUGGAAGAUUGGCAAGAAGAAAUUAAGUUACCUUCUAGAAUAACAGUUGAGUUAAGACCUCGAAACAAUAUGGCAUGGUGGCAAGUACAAGCAUCAUCAAUGAAUCCAAGAGUACGGACUUUAUUACCUAUACAAAGACGUUUGUCAAGUUUGUUAAUAUUUUUACAACAAAGAUGGAGGCCUGCAAAGUACAACAUACCUUCUAACAUAGAAAAUGCAGCUCUUAACGAGUUGAAAGACACCCGACUUUUACGGGUAGCACCACCUGAUGGAUGUAAAAUCACUUUGCCAAUAGUCAAUCUUGGAGAAUAUCUUACCAGCAAUAGUGUUAGUUUGAAUUCUUAUGAAAAACGUCUAGGUUUGAAAAGUUCCAGAAUGAACUUGUUAGGAUCAGUGCAGUAUAUUAAAGGAGUUGGGAAGAAAGGCAUUAAAAAGAAUAAAGUAGACAAAAAGUGCUUGAAUCGAACAGAAGAUAACUGCACAUUGCCAGAUAAUAAUAGUGAUGUGGAUGGAAUAGAAUCUGGCAGUAAUGUUUCAGAAAAAACUUCAACUAUUAAUAACGAAGAAAAAUCAAAUCCAGAACAUCAGAUAGAACCCAACAGGUUUCCAGGAAGGGAGACAAUUGAUAGAAUUCGAAAAGGAUGGAAUGUUGAUGAAGCAAAUACUAUCACUAUAGGAGAUCUAUUUUUAAUGUUUGGUCGCGAGUCCAAAAUUACAUUGGAAUAUUGGUGGGAUUGGCACGUCAAAGAACAACAGACUGGAGAAUCUACAUCAAGUAGCUUACAUGAUAACAAUCUGUGCCUAACUUUGCAGAAGUUAUUGUCCAUAGCAAAGCACAGUUACGGUACAAGCAAAGUGUAUGAUAAUACUUCUGGAAGCAAUGAAACUGUGGUUUCAUCUCGUGUACUUUCAACAAGAGAGUCUACCUUUAGAAGACCUCUUGUUCCACAAACUUACCACAAAAUUGGCACAUCAGAUGCCUUUAAAACGCAAUUGGAUAAAUUCAAAACGCGCUUUUGUAAACGAGGGAGGACAGUAAGACAAAAAAGUCUUGUUGUCCAAAGGGUAUUACCAAUAAUAUCUACAUCAGGUAGUUCACCAGAAAACUUAACUCCUUCUUUCGAAGAGACAAAUAAAAUAAAUGAUCCUUCCAUCAGUAACAACGAGCAACAAAAUGAUAAAUCAUUAACUAUGAAUGUAAGUGAACCACAAGAGAAACAUUUCUUGGAUGAACUUGAAGUGGUAAGAGACCCAAAACCUACGAAUUCCAUCAUAACAAGUGCUACACAGAUACUUAAAGAAGGAGAACAUCAAUGGUUGAAUAGUGAGGUAGCAGAUUUUUCAUUAAGUAGUUUCUUGGGUCAACUUGAAUCCCCUAUGAAAAUUUCACAGAGAAGUCAACAUGGAGACAGUAUUGUAGAAGAUAGUCGACCAUCAUCUGAUGUUGUAUCACAUAUGCAAUGCCUCAUGGGAGAAAGCAGCGUAGAUUAUAUGGCAAAAUUUGCAAAUCUCGCAUCACAAAUGGCAUCAGAUGAUAGCAAAAGAUAAUAAUAUAGUAAUUAAUUAAGUUUUGUAUAAAUUUUGACAAGACAUUUAUCUUCUAUCAUGUAGAUUGGAUGUCAUUCUAUAGUUGGGUAUAUAUCAAUAUUUGGACUGAUUUAUUUAAUCUUUUUAGUAUUUAAUUUAUCGAUCUUACGUUACCAUAACAAUGCAACUGUUAAUAAAUAAAGAAAACAAACUUGUAGAAAUAAAUGAGCCGUUUAUUUUAAAAGUGACACGAGUCACUUUUAUGUUAUUUUCAGAUAUUGAAUGUUUUGUAUUUCAAUGUGUCUAAAAAUAUAUUCACAUGUUUACCAUGGAGGAAUUUCACCAGUAUUUGAUAACUUGGUUACUUAUAUUCUUUUUAGAGUAAAUAAUGUAAUAAAUUGUUAUUCUGUAUUAUUGUAAAGUGACUCAAGUCACUUUUAAAAUCAAUAGUUUGUAAACAUUGCAAACUGAACAAUUCAUGCGCAAAAAAAUAUUUCGAGCUCGUCCGAUCGUGUCCGACUUCUGACUCAACACGAGCCUGCGGCACAAUCCCAAAUCAUAUCUUAGGGACCCGAAAGUUUCUGAGUUGUGCGCAUUUGUAUAUAAUAUAGUCUUGCUAUAUAAGGCUACUGAGCGAAUUACCCUUUAUAUUAAAUUUUAAAUUUAAAAAAUUUGUCUGUAGGAUUUUGUCAAUCAAAUACCAUGAAGUAGUGUAUACGACUGUUACUGUAAUUUAUUACAUUUCUAUAGCUUCGUCCAGGGCAAUAUAGCAAGUCUCUAUAGUAUACGUUUGACAAGAUACUUUCGGGUUCAUAUCCAAUCCUGUAAUCUCGAGUACCUGCACAUUCCUAAUGUAUACUUAUAAAUAUUUCAUUGUACAUUUAUGUUUCUAGAGAUCUAUAGCAAGUAUGGUGCAAGUACGAGAAGAAUACAUUUAAAGGUGAUCUUCCUUGUCCUUGUUUAAUCCGCGACGCGGCAUCUACAUGUAUGUAUGGAAUUAUUUAGACAAGUUCCCGUCUAUAACACUUGGUAUUGCGUUGCAGUCCCAUCUAACUAAUCACAUAUGUAUGUUGAAAGAAAAAACAGUAAAUCCUCGUUUAUAACUUCCUUUCACAGAAAAAUUCUAUUAUAGAAUUCGCUUCUGGUUUUUCGGCAUGCAUUAACUCUAAUCAAAACAGAUAAACGCAAGUACUUACAUGUUAUUAAAUUUUAUUGUUUACUUUUAAUUAACUACGAUCUUCUAUCGAUAUUACAGUUCCCUUUAAACACUUGACAAAAUGAGUUUCAUGAAUGAUUACAACUUUACGACCGAAGUUAUGCUCGAAGACUAAGCAUAUGAUAUAACAAUGCAAAAAUGGAUAUUGUUAUCCGACGAAGAUCCAGGAAAUAGUAGCGAUUAUAACAGUUUAGAAUGCUGCAACUAUCCAAUGUUGGAAAAUGAGAAAAAAGUUAAGAUUGGAAUCGGGAAUUACCUUCAGAGUGUAAAGAUGGUAGUUCUCGUCUAAAAUUAAACAUAUUUGAAAAAAAUUGUAAAUACGUGGGUGGAAUAUAAUUGAAACGAUAAUGAGCGGAACAUCCCGAGGAUACUUGUAUUCUUGGAAACGAAGCCUACGGUCUCUUCAACGGUACGUUGCGAAACAGACGUUGUAAAUGAUUCACACUGCCCGCGUCCACGUGAUCUUGUACGUAUGCACCUAUCAAGUAUUUGUUAUUUACAGAUGUGAUUUCCCCUGGACGUAAGCGCAUUUGUGCAAUGAACUGGUUUUACUUGUUUUAUUCAUCACAAAAAUGAAAUCAUUAAUCAGAUCUACUUUCUUUCAAAGAAGCUAUGACGUGUUUGAUUUUUAAGAGAACAUACGGAGAAGCAUGUGACAUAAUUUUUAAACUGCACUCUGUCAAAAAUGUGUUAGAACUACGCUACGUACACUUACAAGAUAUACGCAACAAAUAUCAAACCUAUUUUUCUACUUUAUUAACAAAAUAUACAACGUUUCAUGGAAGAGCCUGUUUGUAUAUUAUCAUAUCCAAAAAUGUUCUAUUUCUACAACUCUGUCUCUGACAGUGUGACGAGACUACUGUUUCCAUGAAUAUCAUUGAUACAGAAAGCUAAUAAAGUUACGAGACAAAUAUUAAA